AUGGACGCAAAAUCGCCUGAUCCCGAAGCGCAGUCCGUCAAACUACCAGAUGAGAAAGUCAACGAAGAACACACGGCGCAUACGUCCGAAUAUGAUGUCUUCUGGGCGGAGCCAGAGAAUGAAGAUCCUGAGAAGCCAAUGAACUGGAGCUCUACGCGCAAAUGGACUAUCAUUGGGAUGGUCUCUUUUAUCACUUUCUUGACUCCCCUCGCCUCUUCGAUGUUUGCACCGGGUAUCAGCCAAGCCCUUGAAGACUUCGACUCAACGUCUAAUAUGCUGGCGACUUUUGUCGUCUCAGUGUAUGUCCUAGGAUUCGCCUUCGGCCCUCUGAUUAUCGCACCCUUCAGUGAGUAUAGCGGCCGCGCAUGGGUCUACAAUGUUUGCAAUGUGUUGUUCGUGAUAUUCAAUAUCGCCAGUGCACUUGCUCCCAACAUGGCGUCUUUGAUUAUCUUCCGGUUUCUCGAUGGAUUUGCAGGCGUCGCUGCCGUCACUUGUGGCAGUGGUACAAUCGCAGAUCUUGUGCCGAGAGAGAAACGAGGUCAGGCAAUGGCUAUCUGGUCCUUGGGACCCCUGUUCGGCCCAAUUAUUGGUCCCGUAGUGGGUGGGUUCCUAGUCGAGGCAACAAAUUGGCGAUGGGUAUUUUGGGUUCUUGCCAUUGCGGGCGGAGUCGCAUCGAUCGUAUUCUUCUUUGCUGUGCCAGAGACAUAUGCGCCGAUUAUCCUUGAACGCAAAGCUGCUCGGCUGCGAAAAUCAACAGGAAACACGGCAUACAAAUCUCGUUUGCAAUCCGAUAUUCCCCCAAAACAGCUGUUCAUACGGAGUCUCAUUCGACCGUCUAAAAUGCUUGUUCUGUCCCCAAUAGUGGCCUUGAUGUCCACAUACAUUGCUGUUCUUUACGGAUUCCUCUACAUCCUUUUCACGACCUUCACGAUUGUCUUUGAGGGUCAGUAUGAUUUCUCUGCCAGUGCCAGCGGGCUCUCAUUCCUGGGAAGUGGAGUGGGCAUGUUGCUUGGUAUUGCCUGCGUGGGGACGUUGAGUGACCGCAAGAUCAGGAUCAAACUCGAGCGCAAAGAGACGCCUAUCCCCGAGGACCGACUUCCGAUGUAUCUCACCAUACCUGGGUCAUUGGCCAUCCCGGCAGGUCUCUUUAUCUAUGGAUGGUCGACAGAUAAAAUGGUCCAUUGGAUUGUUCCCGAGAUUGGGAAUGCGGUUACUGGAUUCGGGAUGAUCAACAUAUUGAUGUGUGUUCAGACAUAUCUGGUAGAUGCUUUCCUUGCACAUGCUGCCAGUGCUGUGGCUGCUUGCACUGUUCUGCGAAGCUUGCUUGGAGCUCUUCUUCCUCUGUGUGGAUUACAGCUGUACGAAAAACUCGGCCUUGGGUGGGGAAAUAGUUUGCUGGCAUUCCUUGCUUUGGUGAUGGCUCCUAUACCAAUUUUGUUCGAAACUUGGGGAGAGAGGCUGCGGACGAAGUGGACUAUUGACUUAUAG